CCAUCCCCCACCCACACGGUUCACAGUUCCACGCCAAUCCAACACACUCUCCUCCUGCUACUUCCAAUGGCUCUCCUCGCCAUGCAGGGCAUGGCCAUGUCCACCGCCGCGUUCCCCUACCACCACCACGGCGCCGUUUCCUCCUCCUUCGGGCUCUCAACCACCGCCUCCUUCUCCCGCUCCUGCACCAGCCUCGCUGCCACCGCCGUCUCGGCUCCUCCCACUCCAGUUCUUGAUGUAUACUGUGGAAGAGGGGACAGAAAGACAAGGAGAGGCAAAAGGUUCAGCCACUCGUAUGGGAAUGCACGGCCCCGUAACAAGAAGAAGGGAACAGGCCCGGCACGGCUAUAUGCCCCUCCAGCGCCUCCCAGGAAGGACCAGUUCGAAGAUGGGGAGAUCAUUGCAAUCGAGAUCGAUGAUGACAUCAUGGAAAGGAUGGAAUAGGCCGUCUGAGUUUUCCCUCAUUUCAAGGUUUUCCUAGCCGUGUGAAAUACUACUAUUCCUCCGGAGUAAUUAUUUUGUCAAUUGCAAUUUUUUAUAAGUAAUUAUUUGGUAUUUCUUCACAAAACACAGAUGCCUAUGUGUCCUUUGCUUCUUAGGUUAUACUGAAUGCAUCUAGGGAAACUCAAUCCUCAUGUUGUUUAGCUCUACGGAUGAGGUUCAAGCACUAUAUCAACAUGUGGGGAAUUUGCUUUGUGUAACCCUGAAGUCACCCUAUAAAACCUGCCAACCAAUCUAUAUAUUGUUCCCUUAUCCCUAA